ACCGGGCAGCUAGAAUGGGGAGGGUACUUCCGGUCCGCCAUACUGCAGUUCUAGCUGAGACUGUGGAAAUCUGUUGUGGUUCCGUGUGCUUUGCUGUGACCUGUUGCCGGGAGCUGUGAGGAGAGCUGUGCGAGCUCGCGACCGGCACCAUGUCAUGGACUAGCAUCUAUGUCAGAAGAUAACAGAGUAGCUGAAUUGUUGGCCAUGAGUUUCUCAAACCCAGCUGGAGGGUGAGCCAGAAGUAUGGCCUGGUACUGGGUCACACAGGCAUUAGACAGCCAGUAUUUGGUGCUUCUCGAAGGAUGGUUUCAACCAUUUCAUGUGGUGCUGAUGCAGUGACUUUUAUGGAUGUGCAUGUGAACUUCUCUCAGGAAGAGUGGGCUUUGCUGGAUCCUUCUCAAAAGAGUCUCUACAAAGAUGUCAUGCUGGAAACCUACUGGAACCUUACUUUUAUAGGCUAUGAAUGGGAAGACCACAAUAGUGAAGAAUGUUGUCAAGGUUCUAGAAGUCAUGGAAGGUAUUUCAACUGUCCUCAAUAUAGUACAUGUAAAGCAAAGGGUUAUGGGAAGAAGCAGUAUACUUCUCUCUUUCCCAGAACAAUUAGAAGAUGUGAUAUCAUCCCCACUGUGAGAAGACAAGGCACCUUUUGGCAUUGGAGGGCAGCGGCCAGAGAGAACACUUGUGAAUAUGGAGACCAAUAUCAGCAAAGAAGCAGAGGUAUCUGGUUUUCCCUGGUGUUGACUGGAUGAUUCUGAUGCCAGCAGGACUCCUCUGGACAUGAACUCAGGACCUUUUUCAAGGUGAUUAAUUCAGCUUUCUGAACAGAAGUCCCAGGUAAUAAGGUCAAGACCCAUAUUUUGGAAUCAAGAACCACCACCACCACUACACCUGCAUUCCUGGUCCCACCUCUCAUGAAGCCAUUCCUAUCCAUAGGAUGAGUCACGUCUAUAUUUGAUCUGAGGAUGUCCAUUAAGUCUGGUCUCAGAUUCUGGACAUGCGUUCAGCACUAUUGAGUUCUAAUGCAUGACAUCCAGGUCUGGGUAUGGAAGCAGAGUAGCCAGUUCAGUGCAGAGGCAGGGUGGUAUCUAACGCAGGGUGGGUUGAGGAGCAAGUGGGUAUUAGGUAUCCAGUGGUCUAAAGGGUUUUUAGAGCUACCUCAAUGGCAUGAAGGGUGCUUAUAAUCAGUUCUGGUCCCAUGAUGACCUUAUCAGCAUCCUUGACCAACAAAGCAGUGGCUGCCAUAAUGCAUAGGCAGGCUGGCCACCCCCAUUGUUAAAAACUUUUUCAGCUAUUGCCGGGAGCCUAGUCAUGUGCUUAACUUCAAAUCCUUCCAGCAACUGGAGUUUUCAGCAGAUGUCUGGUGCCACUUGAUUGAUGAAUCACAGCAGACCGGAUCUUGCCUCUGGAUCCAGAGGUAUAUAGGUAUGAUAGAUAUCCAACCAUCUCUUAAGAAAUGAGAAAUGCCCCUGGAGUUUUUUUCCUUAACUUUGUAUGACCUGUCCUACCUUAGACAAAUUUGUAGGCCUUCUAGCAGCCUUUUGGAGACCCCUCAUCAGAAUCUAGCACUAGAUCUUCAGCUUUUCCCUAACCAUAUGGCUGUCUGAAUCCCAAUUAGGCUGGACCAAGAGAAAAACCACAUCAAUAUCAGCUUGUACAGUUGUAAAUGGCCAUUGGUACCCAGAGCAAUUUCACUUGUUCUCAUUCCUCAAUCGUGAAGAGUACCCACAAAAGCAGCUGACAGUUGUCCCAGUUAUCAUGAGUAACCAUUAAAGUUUAGUAUAUCUACGAGGGCAGGGGGUUUCUCUGAGAACUUAGGGUUCUGCAUCUUCCAGUUGUAUAGAUCAGUAGUGGAAAAGGGAAUAUGGGUCCUAUAUUGAGCCAGUUGCUCACAGGGUUAGUAAAGUCUUUACAGGGGGGAUGGCAUAGCUAUGUGCCCUUCUGCCUCUCCUGGGCAGGGAGCUUCCUCUGCUAUGUGUAGAGAAGGGGCAUGUGCUGGGACAUGGUAGUAAGAGAGUGGGAAGAAGCCUUUCUCGUGGAGACAGGACUGCUGGUUUAGGAUCCUUCUGUGACUGUUUCCUUAACCUGCAAAACCACCAUGGUGGGAGGAAGGAAAGUUUUCAGCAAAGGGGGAGGGCUGUUCACCAGAUUCUGCCAGACGGUGGGGUAGAGACCUGGCUAGGGUAUCCAGAGUUUCUUCACACAAUACUUUUAACCAAAUAGAUAGUAGGGAGGUGUAAAGUGCUUCCUUUCAGCCCUCCCACACUAAAAGCUGGCCAUUUAUUCCUUCAAAAGACAGUUGGUUUCCCUGAUUGUAUAGGUAUUCCCAAACUCUACGCUAGGUGUUUGAAGUUCUUGAAGUGAGACUGGACUAGGUCUGGUGGGAUGGAACUGGUUGUCUGCCCCAUGGUUUUUCUCAAGAGAACUAAAAUGAACAAAUAAAACACAAGCCCCAAAACACCAAAACAAACCCACAGGGUUCCAGAAAAGAAAUUGAAAUGAAGGUGAUGGUGGCUUAUCCUGAGAACAGGUUCCAACAGUUAGGAAUGUCCCUCAAGUCUCUUCCAAAACCUGUGCCAGACUGGAGCUCUCUAACUCCUGCUGGAGGAAGGCCAGAGGUGGUGGCCUAUCCAUGAAGUGGAUUCCACUGGCUGGGAGCAAUCUAUCAGCUUCAACUAAGAUCUAGGUUAGAGUGGAGCUCUCUAUCUCCAACUGAAGGGGAUCCAGAACACCCAUGGAAUCCCCUGACCAGAAGAGAGUUAUUGGCCCAUCCACCCUACCUCCCUUGGCCUCCAGGAUGUCUGGACAAAAGAAAGGAAAUCCACUCUUCACCAAACAAAGAUGACUCAGAGCAAUAAGAAGACAAGGAUAUAUAACACACAGAGGUGCACCCCAACUCACAGACUGUCCUAUGGUGACCCUAGCAUGCUGGUUGUUUCUUAAGAAUAAACAUUCUUUGUUAUGUCAUA